UGGUUUGCAAAUCGCAUGCUAUCUUCCAUCUUCUCCUCCUAUGCGUUACUCUUGUUGUGCUUUUCUCACCACCUGUUUUGCUCUGCUACUGCUAGAGAUACUCUAACGUCACGCGACGAUCCAAUUAGGGACGACGGAUCAGAAGGUCUUGUUUCAGCUGGAAGAAGAUUUGAACUGGGAUUCUUUACACCUUCAUCUACAGAAGCAGGAACGUCUGACAAUGGAAGAUACGUUGGUAUAUGGUAUCAUCAACUGAAUCCAAGGACAGUUGUAUGGGUUUCCAACAGAGAUACGCCAGUUCCUGCCAAUUCCAUUGGAGUUAUUGAAAUCAAAAGUACCCUCCAUGUGUCGGAUGCAACUACUGGACAUCCUUAUUGGUCAGCAAACUUUGCAGUCUCCCCUUCUGCUCUCAACUCGAUGGUGAAGCUCAUGGAUUCUGGGAACCUGGUGUUAAGUGAUGGUAACGAUCAGUUGGCAGUGAAUAAUAUUUUGUGGCAGAGCUUUGACAGUCCAACUGAUACAUUCAUUCCUGGGAUGGUGAUGGAUCAAAGCUUAGAAUUGACUUCAUGGAGAGACCAAGACGACCCGAGAAUCGGCGACUUCACGUUCAAACUAGAUCAAGAAGGAGACCAGUUUGUUACCUUAAAAAAUUCGACUCCUUACUGGAGAAGUGGAGGGUCAGGUAGUAAAUUUUCUAGCUCGGCCGGAAUGUUUCCUCCACUAGAUCUAUUAUCAAAUUUCAGCAAGAGUACUGCCAGAUCUAGAGGACCAAAUAAAUAUAAUAAUUUUACAACUGUGACAAGAUUGGACUAUAAUUAUACAAGAAUGCUGAUGAGUUUUACUGGGGAGGUACAGUUUUUGACCUGGAUUAAUCACACAAAGCAAUGGAAUUUGUUAUGGAAGGAGCCAAGAGAUCGAUGCAGAGUGCUUAAUGCUUGUGGGAACUUUGGCAGCUGUAACUUUAAUAAUUGGCCGUUGGUGUGCAAAUGUUUGCCAGGGUUUAAACCUCAGUUUGCAGAGCAAUGGGAAGUCGGAGACUUUUCAGAUGGAUGCGCAAGGGAGUCGACAAUAUGUAGCAGGGACACUUUCUUGAGCUUGAAGAUGAUGAAAGUGGGAAAUCCAGACGCACAAAUAACUUCUGAAGAUGAAAUACAAUGCAGGAAAGCGUGCUUAAAUAGCUGCCAGUGCCAGGCUUUCUCAUAUGGUGCAGGUGUAAACAGCACUAGCAGGGAUACUGCUACUUCCUUGUGCUGGACAUGGUCGAGCGAUCUAAAUAAUCUUGAAGAAGAGUAUGAUAAUGGCCACAACCUCUCUGUUCGAGUAGCCUUGUCUAGUUUAGAAUCAACCGUAAGAGACUGCAAGCCUUGUGGCACAACCAUCAUUCCUUAUCCCCUGAGCACUGGACCGGAUUGUGGUGACCCCAUGUAUUCCCGUUUCAAUUGCAGCACCAUCAUAGGCCAGCUUAGCUUCGUGGGACUGACAGGCACAUUCUUUAGAGUUAUUAGUAUCAACCCAAGUACACAAAGAUUCGUCAUCCAAACCAAAAAUUGUGAUCCUAUGAACAGAGUCCAAAGUCAGCAGCUGAACCUAUCUCCAUUCACAGUGACCAGAUGGUGCUAUGUUCCCCUGGGAAAUUUUAGUUCUCAAGUUUCAUCCGGAGGUACUAAUGCAGUAGAAAUAGGUUGGGAGCUGCCGCUGGAACCAGCCUGUACAAUAUCUGCAGACUGCAGGGGUUGGCCACAUUCAACUUGCAGUCCAGCAAGCGAUGGAAAGAAAAGAUGCCUUUGCAAUGCCAAUUAUCAAUGGAGUGGCUUUAACUUAAAUUGUACUCAAGAAGGUAAUCUUCAACAGACACCAAAAUCGCAAAUAGAAGAACAACCAAGAAGGAAAGUGCCAGUGUCUCCGAUACUGAUAGUUGUGGCAGUUGUUACAAGCGGAAUUUUUCUUGCAUGCAUCGUUUGUGUUUAUAUAUGGAGAAGAAAGAUAACCAAGAGACAAGAUAAAAUAAAUCGAGCACAACUUGAUAGUGAAAGGCGAGUCCAAGAGUUGAUAGACACAGGUGAGUUCAAGGAAGAAGAUGAGAAAGGUAUAGAUGUACCCUUUUUCGAUUUGCAAAGCAUACUAGACGCUACAGAUAAUUUUUCAAAUGCAAACAAGCUUGGACAAGGGGGCUAUGGCCCUGUUUAUAAGGGAAAGUUUCUUGGAGAUCAAGAGAUUGCAGUAAAGAGGUUAUCAAGGGCUUCAGGACAAGGCUUACAGGAAUUUAAGAAUGAGGUGGUGCUGAUUGCCAAACUUCAACACCGAAACCUUGUUAGGCUUAAAGGAUAUUGCAUCAAAGGAGAAGAAAAAAUUUUACUCUAUGAGUACAUGCCUAACAAAAGCUUAGACAUCUUUAUAUUUGAUCAUACAAAAAGCUUGGUUCUUAAUUGGGAGAUGCGCUUUAACAUCAUUUUGGGAAUCGUUCGAGGACUUCUUUAUCUUCAUCAAGAUUCCAGAUUGAGGAUCAUUCACAGAGAUUUGAAAACCAGCAACAUUCUCUUAGAUGAGGAGAUGAACCCCAAAAUAUCUGACUUUGGCUUGGCGAGGAUUGUUGGAGGCAAAGAAACUGAGUCGAACACAAACACAGUAGUUGGAACUUAUGGUUACAUGUCUCCAGAGUAUGCAUUAGAUGGAAUUUUCUCAGUGAAAUCAGAUGUGUAUAGCUUCGGUGUUGUUCUUCUUGAGAUAAUCAGUGGAAAAAAGAACACAGGAUUUUAUCAAUCCAAACAAACUUUCAGCCUCAUAAAUUAUGCAUGGAGACUGUGGACAGAAAACAAGGCCUCGGAACUAAUGGACACGACUUUGGAUGAAAGUUGCAACAAAAGUCAAUUCAUGAAGUGUGUCAAUGUUGGGCUCUUAUGCGUACAAGAAGACCCUGUUGAUCGUCCCACCAUGUCAAAUGUUCUUACCAUGCUUGACAGUGAAAUUGCAAUCUCUCCAACUCCUAAACAACCAGCCUUUCUCCCAAGGAGAGGCAACUCUAGCACAGCUUCUUCUUCUACUAAGCCAGAAACAUUUGCUGAAAUAACUACAACUCUAGAUGAAGGUAGAUAA